AUGAUGAAUUGUAUUCGUAUGUAUUGGGCACAACGACCUCCAACUAAUUAUCGUGAAUAUGAUAGUUAUGGACCACUUUUCGCAGUGAAUGAACAUGUAGCAAUAUUUGCACAAAAUGAUAAAGCACGUUUUAUUCUUGUAAAACAGCCGUAUAAUAGUUCUUCGAUGUGGAAUUGUACGUUAGACUAUAUCAGAAUCAGACAUCCUCCAAUAUCGACGACAUAUUUCGUAUAUAGUGUAGCUAUUGGAGCAAAACAAAAUAGUAGUCAUCUUGCAUUCACUUUUAUGGAUGAGGACUUUUUACGUCGCGUGUUUUUAACAGUCGUUUUUCUUGAAGAUAGCUCCUCUGGCUGUCUGGUUCAAAAUCGAAGUCUAGCAUUAGAUUUGACAGAGUAUCCAGUGUUGGAAGACUCUGUUGUUGCUAUGGAUCCAUAUGGGACACGAGCAUAUUCAAUUGGAAAAUUUAAUGGUUCUUGUAUUGAUCUAGUAACGAUGAAAACUUGGGUAUUCGACACAAGAGUUGUAUAUGGUGAGUGGGAUGGUGACAUAUUUCAGUAUUACCCGAAGGCAAUUACUAUUAGCAAAGAUCAUCAGAUUUUUCUUGUCGGUCAAUUACAUAUGGCUAUGAUCAAUCAAUUUCAUACCUAUUUAGUCGUUUUGAAUUUUCGAGAAUUAAAAAAUGCCACAAAAUCUUUACAUCUUGAGCUUUCAACAUUCAAUUACGGUAUUGGUGCAGCAGAUAUCAAUCGCGUGACAACAAUGUCUAUUGCUCUUGAUGAGUCAUCACAUACGAUACUCGUUGGCAUUCCUCGAAUAGAUACAGUUCUUUUCUUAGUUUAUGAUGAAUCAUACUAUUCCAAGAUUACAGGAAAACAUGUUUCAGAACAGCUUGGUAUUGGAUUUGGUAAAUCAGUUGCAUUAUUAGAUGAAAAUACAUAUGCUGUACUUGCUCACGCAAAACCGACUCUACCAUGGUCACAAUCGCAAAUACAGGUGAGAUAA